GAUAAGAGCCCGACAGCAGGUGCACUCUCCCAGCCAGCUCAGGCAAGAGCAGGUGCGCGGGUCACUCGGGCCCUGAGGUCUGCGGAGGCGGCUGUGUCCGUAUGUGACGCUGAGUUUGUCGGUGGCAAGGGGAAGCAGCCAAGCGUGGGAGGCAGGUGUCGUGAAUCCUGGUAUGAGCGGUUCCUGCAGCCGUCUCUCUUCAUCUUCAUCGGGUGCCUGUCGGUCAUUGAGAACGGGCCGGACACUGAGCUGCUGCAGCCGGCCUCGGCUCACGGGCUGGCCCUGGGCCUCGUCAUCGCCACACUGGGGAAUAUCAGUGGUGGGCACUUCAACCCUGCGGUGUCCUUGGCGGCCAUGCUGAUCGGAGGCCUCAACCUGGUGAUGCUCCUUCCCUACUGGAUCUCCCAGCGCGGGGGGCUGAUCGGGGCCGCCUUGGCCAAGGCAGUGAGUCCUGAAGACAGGUUCUGGAACGCGUCUGGGGCGGCCUUUGUGACGGUCCAGGAGCCGGGGCAGGUGGGGGGGGCGGUGGUGGUGGAGCUGAUCCUGACGACCCUGCUGGCACUGGCUGUUUGCAUGGGCGCCAUCAACGAGAAGACGCAGGGCCCUCUGGCUCCGUUCUCCAUUGGCUUUGCCGUCACCGUGGACAUCCUGGCCGGGGGUGCUGUGUCCGGAGCCUGCAUGAAUCCUGCCUGUGCCUUUGGACCUGCUGUGGUGGCCAAUCACUGGGACUUCCACUGGAUCUACUGGCUGGGCCCGCUCCUGGGGAGCCUCCUCGUAGGAGUGCUUAUCAGGUUCAUCAUUGGUGUUGGGAAAACCCGCCUAAUAUUUAAGGGACGGUGACCCUGGUGGCAUUGCUGCGGCCCCACCCAGAAUGCAGACAGGUCACCUUCUGCAUUUCCUGCCUGGGCAGAGGCCCAGAGGAGCCCCUCACUUGCUUCCCUCCCAUGUGCGCCUGGCUUCCCAGAUAGACAGACUGCCGCUAAGUUCUGAGGAUGCUCUACGUUCUCCGAACUCCACUGGGCUCGGCGGAGACCUCAGCCUGGGGGGCGUGUUGCCAGCACGAGGGAGAGGUCAUCUCAGGAGGGAGGGUCCCAGGAGCUGAAUAGGUGGCUGUUUAUGCGCAGGAGUUCACUGCCCCCGGCCCCUUCUUUUUCUCCUUCUUCGCUGUUACAGAAGGGCCUUCAGGGGGUUUUCCUGCUUCCUGAGCUGCCACUUUAGCUUUGCAAUAAAUAGUCCACUAUU